AGUCUUUUUUUUUUUUUUUUUUCCCUACCUGUUAACUUCUCUCGUAAGCUCGAGUAUCCAUUUUCCAGCCCCAACACCCACCCACAUUUCCGGCUAUCCACGUCGGUCAAUCAUCACCUGCGACACUCCCAUCACUCACCCCCGCCACUACCACCUCCUCCUCCUCCUCCUCCUCCUCUUUCCGAUCUCCCGGAAAAUCAGUUAAGAAAUCCUAAGAACAAAAUUAUCUGGCUAAAUUGUUCCUGUAUUAAGUUCAAUAGUUAGCAAAUGGAAGAAGGUUCGAUGGAAAUUCCAACUGAAUCAACAUAUGAUAAAAAAAAAGAUAAAACUCCGAUGAAUUUGGGUGAUAAGGGAGAAACAAGUAAUCCGUUGGAGGAUCGGAUUAGUCAACUGCCGGACGCGAUUCUGGUUGACAUCAUUUCCCCGUUGAGGAUUAAGGAAGUAGCAAGGACUAGUGUCCUCUCUAAGAGGUGGAGAUAUUUGUGGACACAUGUUACACGUCUCAACUUUGCUCAUCAUGUUGGUGAACAUCCACGUACCUCCACAAGGACCACAACAGUUAAUCCGUCAAAGAGAAGAAGUCUAAAAGAAGUGACCAGCAGAAGACAACGACUCCGGCUAUUGCGCCAGGGUUUAACACCUUUAAACUUUGGCGAAUUCAGAGUUGGUUCUUCCUCAGAGGGUUCCGGUUCAAGAUCUAGGCACCCCGAUGCGAUUCCAAGACAAAUUGGCCCACCAUCACCACCACCGUGUAUGGUGGUGACUAACGUCCUGCAAUCGCAUCAGGGUCCAACCGUAGAUGGAAUCAGAAUUUGUGGGUCUUGUUAUAACUCGGAUCAUGUUGAUAAUGUUAUAGAAUUUGCAAUUCAAAAGAAAGUUCAAAGGCUUGAGAUAGAGAAAUCGAAAGAAAAAGACGCCAAGUUUUGGGAGAAGCCAUUCAAAAACCCUUUCGGUGUUUCACGCAUUAAGUCCCUUAGACACCUCUCUUUGAAGUACAUAAGUAUAAGCGAUAAAGUUGUUGGGCUGGUUCUAUCCGACUGUCAACUUCUUGAACACCUCAGUAUUUAUGACUCAAGCAAUCUUUGUCUUGUGAAGGCAGUUGGUUCAUCACUCCGGUUGAAGUUCCUACGAGUAAGUUGUUGCCGUAGCUUAGUCAGAGUUGAGAUUUCUGCCCCUAAUCUUGUGUCAUUUAUAUAUGACGGUCCAAAUAUGUAUAGAAGAGGAAUUGUUUUGAAACAUGCACCCAAGCUUGUCAACGUAUCUCUUUCAGAAGACGAACCUGCUAAUAUUACCAAAGAUCUUCUGUCGAUUACCAGAGAUCUUCUGUCGAUCUCAGCUCGAUUUUCAUAUCUACAGACUCUCAACCUGUCGAUGAAUAUGACAAGACGGACAAAUGUUAUGCUCCCACAAUUUCCAGACUUAACUAGUCUCAAAGACUUGUCGUUGACUAUACAUGCCCAAAAUAAUGGGCAAAGUCUCCUGGAUUUGACUUCCUUGUUAGAGCAAUCUCCUUUCUUGCAGAGAUUAACAAUGAAGAUACAAUGGGGAUCUGUUUGCAACGGUUAUACGAGAAACAUGCAGGAGAUUAAAAGAUGUCCUCAUCAAUGCCUUAAGGAGGUGAGAUUUUCUGGGUUCGUUGGGAUGGGCGGGUCAACUAUCGAUACGGAGUUUGCCAUGUACCUGUUGGAAAAUGCUGUAGUACUUGAAAAGUUUACCAUAGAACUUGAAAAGGUCGAAUUAGGUAGAUGGCCCAAUAUACUGAAAAAGUUUGCUACACCGGAGGAGAAAUUAGAAGCAACAAGGGAGCAUGCUUUGCAGCUAAUUGGAACACAACUACCACCAGGAGCGGAUUUGGUUAUCAUAUAAGCCCCCUCAUUUACCUGUUUUUGCAGCAUACUUGAAGCUCUUUUUAGUCUGCAACAUAGUAUUAUUCGCAGUUUGCAAGUUUGUAAUUAGCAGUUUGCAAGUAUUGAUCAUGUAAUCUAUUAAGGUUAUGAGCUGGGCAUGAUCUUGGUUUGUUGAUGUCUUUUUACCCAUAUUUAUUUUAUGAUCAUGACAUUUUGUGAA